GGACGCUUCGGGCGGGGGCCGAGGAGCGCUCCGGGCCCGGUCCCCUCGCGGACUGGCUCCGGCGGGAGAGCGAACUCCCCUCGCCAUCGUCCGAGCCCAGGUUAUCCUGAAUUCCACAUGUUUAACAGUUUACCUUGCAACAUUAGCCAGUGUUUUUCGCUGCUUCCAAAAGAUCAAAACUGCUCUGGAUAUUGGAGACAUAUUUGAUUUAAAAGAAAUAACUUUAACAAAUGGACAAUAUGUCUAUUACGAAUACACCAACAAGUAAUGAUGCCUGUCUGAGCAUUGUACAUAGUUUGAUGUGCCAUAGACAAGGUGGAGAGAGUGAAACAUUUGCAAAAAGAGCAAUUGAAAGUUUAGUAAAGAAGCUGAAGGAGAAAAAAGAUGAAUUGGAUUCUUUAAUAACAGCCAUUACUACAAAUGGAGCUCAUCCUAGCAAAUGUGUUACUAUCCAGAGAACAUUGGAUGGAAGACUUCAGGUGGCUGGUCGGAAAGGAUUUCCUCAUGUGAUCUAUGCCCGUCUCUGGAGGUGGCCUGAUCUUCACAAAAAUGAACUAAAACAUGUUAAAUAUUGUCAGUAUGCAUUUGACUUAAAAUGUGAUAGUGUCUGUGUGAAUCCAUAUCACUAUGAACGAGUUGUAUCACCUGGAAUUGAUCUCUCAGGAUUAACACUGCAGAGUAAUGCUCCACCAAGUAUGUUGGUGAAGGAUGAAUAUGUUCAUGACUUUGAGGGACAGCCAUCGUUAUCCACUGAAGGGCAUUCAAUUCAAACUAUCCAGCAUCCACCAAGUAAUCGUGCAUCAACGGAGACAUACAACACCCCAGCUCUGUUAGCUCCAUCUGAGUCUAAUGCUACCAGCACCACCAACUUUCCCAACAUUCCUGUGGCUUCCACAAGUCAGCCUGCCAGUAUACUGGCAGGCAGCCAUAGUGAAGGAUUGUUGCAGAUAGCUUCAGGGCCUCAGCCAGGACAGCAGCAGAAUGGAUUUACUGGUCAGCCAGCUACUUACCAUCAUAACAGCACUACCACCUGGACUGGAAGUAGGACCGCACCAUACACACCUAAUUUGCCUCACCACCAAAACGGCCAUCUUCAGCACCACCCGCCUAUGCCGCCCCAUCCCGGACAUUACUGGCCAGUUCACAAUGAGCUUGCAUUCCAGCCUCCCAUUUCCAAUCAUCCUGCUCCUGAGUAUUGGUGUUCCAUCGCUUACUUUGAAAUGGAUGUUCAAGUAGGAGAGACAUUUAAGGUUCCUUCAAGCUGCCCCAUUGUUACUGUUGAUGGAUACGUGGACCCUUCUGGAGGAGAUCGCUUUUGCUUGGGUCAACUCUCCAAUGUACAUAGGACAGAAGCCAUUGAGAGAGCAAGGUUGCACAUAGGCAAAGGUGUGCAGUUGGAAUGUAAAGGUGAAGGUGAUGUUUGGGUCAGGUGCCUCAGUGACCACGCAGUCUUUGUACAGAGUUACUACUUAGACAGAGAAGCUGGGCGUGCACCUGGAGAUGCUGUUCAUAAGAUCUACCCAAGUGCAUAUAUAAAGGUCUUUGAUUUGCGUCAGUGUCAUCGGCAGAUGCAGCAGCAGGCGGCCACUGCACAAGCUGCAGCAGCUGCCCAGGCAGCAGCCGUGGCUGGAAACAUCCCUGGCCCAGGAUCAGUAGGUGGAAUAGCUCCAGCUAUCAGUUUGUCAGCUGCUGCUGGAAUCGGUGUUGAUGAUCUUCGUCGCUUAUGCAUACUCAGGAUGAGUUUUGUGAAAGGCUGGGGACCCGAUUACCCAAGACAGAGCAUCAAAGAAACGCCUUGCUGGAUUGAGAUUCACUUACAUCGGGCCCUCCAGCUCCUAGAUGAAGUACUUCACACCAUGCCUAUUGCCGACCCACAACCUUUAGACUGAGGUCUUUUACUGUUGGGGCCCUUAACAUUCAUUAUCAGGAUGGUGGACUAUAAAAUACAAUCCUGUUUGUAAUCUGAAGAUAUAUUUCACUUUUGUUCUGCUUUAUCUUUUCAUAAAGGGUUGAAAAAAUAUGUUUGCUGCCUUGCUCCUAGCAGACAGAAACUGGAUUAAAACAGUUUUUUUCCUAUUUAGAACUUUUUAGGCAUGGCUCAGAGCUUGACGAUCAGGAAAAAUACAUUCUUAUUAAAUUUACUUCACCAGUUACGUAUGAAGGAAUCAUUCCAGUACUGGAAAAUUUAGCCCUUUAAAAUGUCUUGACCCUUUUAUAUGCAGAACAUCGGUUUGUGUGUUAUUCUACAGAAUAAAUUCAAUAUUGCUGAUUUUAAAGGCAGAGAAGUUCUCAAAGUUAAUUCACCUAUGUUAUUUUGUGUGCGAGUUGUUGUUGAGCAUACUUUACUCCAAAAUAUUGUGCCAUGUGGGUGAGUUAAUUUUACCAAGAACAACUUUACUCUGUUUAAAAAAUAAGAUAGUAAUGUAUUAUAAUCUUUUAUCCAAAAUAUUUUUUUUGCAAGUUAAACUAGUGAAGAUGAUUUCAAUUCAGAUUGUCUUGUGAGUUCGAUUUUAUUUUCACCAAGGCAAAACACUAAUCUCUGUGUAUACUGAGAAUUCCUUAAAAUUACCAGACAAAGAAAUACCAUUUACAGUUAUACUUGUUAUCCCUGUUGGAUAACUAUCGAGUAGAAUACUUUUGCCCUGUUAAACAGUAGAUGUAUUCUUCUAUAUUUCUAGGCACAGGGUUGGUUACUAAGAAGCCUAGAAGAGUAAUUUCUUUCCUUCAUUAAUUCAUAGGGAAGGUUUUGUAUUUUUAAAAACACUAAAAGCAGUGUCACUCCACCUAAUAUCUCACCAUUCUGCAAAGGUGGCAGUGCUUAAACUAAAUGAUGAGUGUUUUGGAAACUGCUAAAUUCUAUGUUAAAUACUGUGCAGAAUAAUGGAAACAUUACAGUUCAUAAUAGGUAGUUUGGAUAUUUUUGUACUUGAUUUGAUGUGUGACUUUUUUUUUCAUAUACUGUUAAAUCAUGUAUGUUAUGACAUUGUUUAAAAUUCAGUUUUUGUAUCUUGGGGCAAGACUGCAAACUUUUUAUACCUUUUGGUUAUUCUAAGCCCUUUGUCAUCAAUGAUCAUAUCAAUUGGCAGUGACUUUGUAUAGAGAAUUAAGUAGAAAAGUUGCAAAUGUAUUGACUGUACCACAGACACAAUAUGUAUGCUUUUUACUUAGCUAGUAGCAUAAAUAAAACCGAAUCUCAACAUACAAAGUUGAAUUCUAGGUUUGAUUUUUAAGUUUUUUCUUUUGCACUUUUGAGUCCAACUUCAGUGGCGAGACACCUUCUAGUAAAUGACAGGCAACAGCCAGUACUGCAGCUUUGGUUUUUCCCUCACACUCUACUGGGACUUCCCCGUGGACAUUAUGUAUCAAGUGUAGAGUUGGUUAUUUUUUGAACUUUUAUUUUACUGUAGCAAAAAUAGGCCUAAUUGUCUAUAAGAUAAAUAGGUUGUCUACAGAAUAAAUAGUGUGAAAUAAAAUUAAGGAAUAUCUUUCAGGUGUUUUUACCUUUUGCUUGGAGGGCCUUUCUAUGCAUAGUAAGAUUCUAAGGUGUGUUACAAGCACUUAGCAUGAUAGUCAUCCUCAUAUUGACUUAGAUGAACAAGUCUUCAACUUCCUUGCUUAGAAGAUCAUAAGAUCACCCUAGAAACCACUGAGUUUGCUUAUUGCUGUGAUUUAAAUAUAGAUCUUGGUCCAAGCUACAUGGCUUUUGUUCUAAAAAUACUUCUCUACCAACUCACUAGUACUCUUGAGUACUUACAAAUACUUUUGUUAAAGACCUCAUUUCCAUCUAUAAAAGUUUGGUGGUUUAAGUUUUAUUGGCAGAUUUUUAAAAAAGAUAUUAUUUUGUAGAAAUUACUGACAAUAGGUCCAUUUUACUGUGAAUGAAGAGUAGGAGUGAGAGGAGUUUUAGAAUGACAGAUUUUUAAAUCCUGAUUAUUUGAUUAGAACCAUAAGCAUGCUAUGAUAUAAUCUAUUGCCUCCCUUUCUACUUUAAGGAAGGUUUGUUUUCAUGUUUUAAUAAAACAUGAAGUCUGGGUAAUUAUCUGGGGAAAAUAUUGUCUGAGAAGCCCGUCUUUGAGGCCUAGCCGCCUGUCUUGGUUGCUUUCUGCUAAGAGCCAUAAAAAUGCGUAGAAGUACUACUAGUUACUAAUUGCUUUAUAUUUGUACCUAGAUGCAGUCAUAUGCUUUGGAGAAAACAUCUAGUAUGUUACAAUCAGUUAUUCCUGAGAGCUUAGUUGUUAAAUGGUAUUUCCAUUUCUUAAAUGUAGUCAUCUUUAAUGAGUAAGACUAAAUAAUCACCAGGUUUAAAUUGUUAUGGCUACUUUAAGGGUAGAAUAGUUUCUGCAGUUCUCAGAAUCUGAUUAUUAUGAGGGUAUGGUACUGGGUGAGUUUUCUCAGCUAGUUCAUAUCUCAGAGACUUUGAAAAUACUGAAUUUCAGUGAAAGCUGAGUGAGAGAUGAACCAAGUAUGUACUUGAUAAUCCAGUAUGAGGCCCAUUCCACAUUUGUCCAGUGCCUUUCAUACCCAAAGGGAAUCCCUAGUGGUGUUGCCUUUAUUUUCCAGGGAGUAGAUUAUUCUGUGGGAUAUAGUCUAAAUGUCUCAUUUUUUUAAAGUAUACUAUACCUAGUAUACAAAGAUAAUGACAAUAAAUCACUGCCAUAUAACCUUGUUUUUCAGAAGCAUGGCUCAUUUGUAUUGACCUAACCACUAAAUAGGUCUCCUGUCCCAUUCCUCCUGUAAACAUUGUAAGGUUUACAGGUUGGAUGGUCUGGCUUAAGGAUAACCAUACUUGAAACAUCCAAGUAAACAACAUAUAUUAGCUGUUUUAAAAGUACAUUUUUGUGGUGUAAAGGGAGAUAUUUGUAAUAGAAAUUUUGAAGGUAAAAUAUAAUGUCCUGUCUUCCCCAUGAUAAAUAUUUUACUUUAAAAGUUCAUUGCAGUUAUCUUUUUUAUUGUGCCCACCUGGAGAAGGGUAGUUUUACAUUUUCCCAAGGUGCUCCUUCACUAUCUGUGGAGGUUAAAGAAUAUAAGGUAAAAUAUUUCUGUUCUUGGUUUGGUGUUAACUGGUUAAUAGUUACUCAUUAGCUAUUAUGCAAAAUCAGAUUAGUUCAAAUCCUUUUUGAGAGUCUUUUGGAAGAAGCAAUUUUAUUCUGAGUAGGGCAGAAUCUUUUUUGUUCAUAGUUUUUAUAGUUUGCUUCCUUUAUCAUUGAGCCAUUUACUGGCAUUUUAUUUAAUAGCGAAUUGGGAAAAUGAUAAAAUUUAGGUCACUGAGGUUACAUGAGUAUAUGAAAGCAAUUGCCUGUAAAAUCAGUUAACAACUCUUUUGUAGAUGGGGCUUGGCAAAGACUAACAGAUAAUAGAAUGAAGAAAUGCAUUCUUGUUCCUUCUGGAGGCAGACCCAUCUUCUUGCAGAUGGCUAUCUGUAAAUAAUCGCCCCAGUCUUCCUUUGCAAGAUUAUAGAAAUAGGCUAUGAGAAUCUUUUUGUGAAAGCCUUUCUAUUUUUUUCUGACAGCUAGAUAAUGUCUUUGCUCUUAAGAUAUAUCAGGAAGGAUGUAAAAAGUUUGUGGCCUUAUCAAGAGCAGCAUCCUGGGGCCCAGCCUUGUCCCUAGCACUUAUCCCAGUGUUACUAGGUUGUUUAUCUUGUAUCACUGAGGAAUGGAUUUUUUUUUUUUUUUUUUGCAUAAUCCAGACUUGCCUUAUUUAAGCAGUAAAACUUUUUUAUUUUAGCCAUGUCUGAUGGAAUUAUUUAAUAUGUAUGUCAGAAAACAUACUGGAUAUGUUUCUUUUUGUGCCUAGCUCUCUCUCUUGACUUCAGGGGUGGCUUAGACAGAUAGGACUGUUGACUUUACUAAAUGGUUGCAGACUGCUGUGGUUUUGAAUGUUUAGUUUUUUUACCUCCCAUCGUCUCCAUUUCUGACAUUGACCACUUCCUGUGCACCCCCUUAUCAUUUCUUCUUCCCUUGCUGAUUCAUUUUUUUCCAGCUGCUUGGGCAAGGAAACCAAAUAACCAAACUUAUUAAUACUUUGUUUGAAUACAGGGGCAGACUGGAACAGGACCCAGGAAACUUUCCUGUAAAGUAUUAAAAGGGACCUCAGUGCUUUGGCAUUUGAUUGCUUAAGAGUACUUCCUGAUUCUUGCUCAGUUUCAGGUAGUUGAGCUAGAGAGAAGUGAGUCAUAUUCAUAUUUUCCCCCUUUGCCGGAUUUUGAAAGGUUUCAUUGCUUCCACUUGAAUGCUGCUCACAUAAAAAUUGGGGUUACAAGGGUUACUAAAUUAGGUAUCAAUAGCCAGAGGCAGUACUCUUGCCAAGAGGACGGACACCAGCAAAACAGAACAAAACAAAAACAAAUCUUGGAAAAUGAGAGGAUCACUUUGUUUCAUUUUGGUGUCCCCUUUUGAGCCCUAAGUUCUGGCCUUCCUCCUUUACAGAUAUUUUUGACCUACAGGUGCCUUUAUGAGAAUUGAGAGUUUGAUAUCCUGCCCCAAGAAGUAGCUAAAGUAAUUGCUGAUGUUUUCAGGGAUUUUGACAUCAGACUUGAGUGAAUGAAUGAACCCUCUUUUUUUUUUUUAAACUGUAGGAAGGACUGAGGAGAAAACUCUGGUGAAGACAAUCAUUUCUCUCUUGAUGUAGAUGGUUUCAGCAGUUUAUUUAAGCUGCUUUCUGAGGUCUCAGAGCCAGUGCUCUUGUUCAGUCUGAAACGAAUGGCUCUGGCCUGGGACCAGACAAUUGUCCUUUCUAGUUUGCGCUCUGCCACUAAUUUGAUGUAUGACCUUGGGCAAGUCAUUUACCUUCCUCUGGGCUUCAGUUGCCUCAUCUGUAAAAUGAGGGAGUUGGACUAGAUGAGUUCUUCCAGCUCUGAAAUGUAAGUGACCUUGCCUGCCUUGCAGCAGUGUUUGAUUUCUCCUUACCUUUGCUCUGCUGUUUGAGGGGGCGUUUUUACUUAUUUCCACGUUAUUCCCAUGAGACUAGGCUUGAGAUUUUAUUACUAUUCUCCUAUGGACAAGAAGUUACAUAAUAUGUCCUUAAGACUUAAAUUCAACCAAAGGCCUAGCACUACCUUGGGGGCUGCAAUAAAUACUCUAAACAAAAAUGAGAGGGGGGUUAAAAACCUUCAUUUUAUUUUCCCAUCAUCUCUAUUGAAGGUUUAUUAAGGCUUUUUUUGAGUCAUGACAUUCUAACUUUGGGGUUGGUAUGUGUGUGACAUCGUCCCCUUAAGUGCUAUGUGCUGGUAAUUUUUUUUGUUAUUCAACUAAAGUGGAUUGAAAACAUAUUGUAAAUGCCUAAAGAUAUUAGAGGUCAUUAAUUUGGGUCUUUGGUUUUUUAACUCUUCUAUGCUUAGAACAGAGAAAUUACUUUGAACUACAUCAAUUAAAAUGGUUUAUACAACUCAAGGAAACAUAUGGAUAAUCACUUAUUCUUGGCUCUUUUUAGUCCAUUUUGAUUAGAAGACUCUUGGCUGGAGCAUUUCAUUCAGAGUUCUCUUCCACCCUAUCCUUGAAUGAGUGUAAUUAAUGAAGUUGGCUUUUACAAGGACCUUGAAAGCCUUCACUGGGGUUGGGUUGAGGGUGGGGGGUUGGGGAGUCCUGGUAGAGGCCAGCUCUGUGGUAGCUGGAGAGGAAGGGGUAUAACCAGCUGCUGUUGCUAUGGCUGCUUGUCAUUGAUAGAAGGACUCAUGGGCUUGAAUUGAUUAAAAGGCUAAACAUGGAGUCGGUAAACUUCCUCCAGGUAUUGGGUUCUGGCCAAUGCCUUGGACAUGUGAUUUAAGGGAAAUGAGUGAGUGAUUGUUGAUGAAAAUGUGGUGGGCUGCAGAACCAUUUGGAGGAAGCGACUGGACUGGGAUUGGAACGGUUUGGUGGUGGUGUUUCCCAACUCGUCUCCUCCCCUGAGCUCAGGAACGCAGCUAUGCUAAAGCUCAGAGGAGAGCCACAUGUAGCCUUUGCUGUUGGGAAAACUGGUCAGCUAAAGUUCUGGUAGUUCUUUGUGGCUUUCUGUAUACUUUUUCCCUGGUUGAAGUCUGUGGCUAAAAAAUAGUUAAACUUUUCCUGAGAACUCUGUAACAAAAGUAUGUUUUUGAUUAAAAGAGAAAGCCAAUUAA